AUGGAACGUCUACCCACUGAGUUACUUUACCAUAUUGGUCAGUACAGCCGAGAGGAAGAGCCCCCUUUCAGGACCUUGUGGGCGCUAUCAUUAUGCUCGUGGCGCUUCUAUCACGUGUUCAAACCUCUGUUAUACUCGGAGAUUCGCAUCACUUAUGACGGUUAUCGUAUCCCUCUUCAUGACGUUGAUUUGAUUAUACGGCUCUGGCAUGACGCAGAGCUGGCCAAGCGGGUGCAUCGGCUCGAUAUUCACUGGCAGGGGUGUGGCUCGAGUGACCUGAGCAAGUUCGAAGACGAAAGCAAAAUCGUCGCAUUCAUCAACUCGGCCCUGGAUGAGAUUUUCGGCUCCAAUGCGCCCCUCUACCGGACCCGAGACAAAUGGGAACACCAUCUGCAGGCUCGCUGCCAAGAGGCUUGGGCGGGGAUUCUUCUCGUUCGACUAUCCCAUCUGCGACGCCUGUUCGUGAAAUACGACAAUUCCGACCUGAUAGUCGAUAUCCUGCGCAAGGCGGCGCAGCGGCAGCAGCCCUUUGAUCGCACCCUGCCCUUUCCGUACCUCACUGAAGUAACCGCAUCUGCCCACAGCCGCCUACAUUGGAUUGAGUCGGAUCUCCUUACCUCCUUCUUCUACUUCCCCGCGGUCCGCCGGGUCAAUGUCUUCGCCGUAGCCGAGACUGCCGCACCUGAAUCGCUAGUCGUGAAACAUGAUUCGCUCCCCGUGCGAGUCUUAGUGGUCUCGAAUGCCGUUUACUGCCGCGGGAUGCUCGACUGGCUCGCGGCGAGCGCGCGUCUCGAACAGGUCACGUUGAAGAUCGCUGUUCAUCCCACCGAUGACUACUGGGAUAUGCCGUCGAACGAAAGAUUCCAUGCCUCGAGAUUCCGGCAAGCCCUUCUUCCUUGCGCCAAAACGCUCAGGUCUCUUCGGCUGGAGGGCGCCUGUAGUUACAAAGUAGUCUGGUAUAACGAGGACCGCGACGAGGAUGAGGAGGCCGCAUUCGGGUCAUUUAAAGAGUUCGCCAACCUUCAGACACUGAUCGUGCGAUACCAUUUUCUUCUAGCACCACCCUCGGCGGAUGACAAGAUGCCACUUCUGGCUAUACUGCCCGCUUCGCUGGAGUCCCUGGGGAUCACCGAUAUCGAAUCCGAGGAUUAUCUUAACCUUGUGGCGGAGCUCUUGCGGUUGGUACGGCACGGCCCGGAUCUCUUUCCCCGCCUGAACGAAGUCCACCUUUUCGUGAUCGACAUGUGCGAGGGCCCACUGGAUGCUUUGAGAACGGGGUUCGAUUUGGCCGGUAUCGGGCUGACGGUGGAGCUGCAGCAAGAGGAAGACUGGGAGCACAAUGAUGUGUCUUCCGACGGCGAAAACCCUUUUCUCGAUGUUGAAGUCCAAAUGGUUGGUCCGUCAUAA